UUGUCAAUCAAAUUUUCAAUCGUCGCGACUCGCGAGGUGAGCAGCCGAAUAUUUAGUUUGCAUUUUUUAUAGUUGUAAAUUUGCAAAAAGUGUGUGAUUAUAAACCUUCCAAAACUAAAUUUUCAAACUUCUAAUAUCUAAUUUAUGUUAACAGGCUCCAAUUGUAUUAAACGCGCAAGGCUACUGUUCGUCGUGCGAUCUACUUGCUCAGUAAAUUGUUUGGAAUGGAAAAGUGGUUGUGCUAUGAAAGUGCCAGAGAAUAUGUGAUUAAAAAAUUACAGCUUAAACUUACAAAUAGUGGCUGACAAAGUUUAAGUUAACAAAGAAAACGUCGAAUGUAUACGUGGUUUGUGUAAAAUAGCAAGUAUUAACAGUCAUUUGUCCCUGUGUAGAAAAAUCGAAACAAAGGCCAUUUUUGCUAGUACGAUUGCUCCUCCGCUUUGGGCGCAUCUGUCGUAUGCCUUACCUACCGAUCUCGUUCUUUGUUUCGUGUAAAUCUUCGUUUUAUGGCCGACGCUUUUGGCCAAGUUUGGUAGUUUCCUAAUUUUUAAUACUGAAUAAAACUGUAAUAUAAGCAAAAGUACAUUAGUUUCUUAAAUCUAGGAUAAGCACAUCCACACAUUUUCUUUACGGCUUUGCCUACAUCAGUCAAAUGUUAGCAGAUUUGUCAUGUCUGUCUUCAGCAUGCUAAGGCAUCAUCAUUUAAAAACCGUCCAAAUCACCGAGACAUACCACGCACAAAAGUGCUCAUUCAUAGUAACAAAGUCGGCGUACACAUUUUCAUACGUCUAGUAUUGGCGAAUUGGUGUGUAAGAAAUUGAAAUGGCUACGACUACAAAAACGACAAAGGUAGAAAAUGCAUCGAAACACCCACAGCAAGUGCAAUUAGCGGAGGCAGGUGGGGAUGAAGAUCAACAAACAAGCUAUAAUAUAGUUAAUGAUGUUGUGGAGGAGUCGUCGACUAAAAAUGGGUGCGUCACACCGACAGCGGUGAAAGAAGUAAUUGACGGAGAGGAGCAACACACCCAAAUAAUAACAAACAAUACUACACACUGUUCUGAAAUAAGAAUAGAAGAAGCAGAAGCAGAAGCAACACCGGCUCCACCUGCUGCCGCCACAGUGUCAGUAAUGGUCAUGAAUGAUGCACCAGAGACGCGUUUGUGUGGCAAAAAGCUACUGUUGUGCCGGCGGUUCAAGGAUUGUGGUGGAAUUUUGCGUAAUUUCAAUUCGCUGCCAUUAUUCGUUUACGCAACAUCGCCGUCUUCGCAUGCUGUUUCGGCUGAUGGCGUGGGUGUGGCUAAGGAGGCAGUUGCAGCGGCGGAUAUUAUGGGUCAAAAGGUAUGUGAUGCGAUUUAAGAAAACCGUUUUGUAAGUUUGCACAAAUUAUAAGUGAAGACAAGUUGAAGAAUAUGGCAGAAGAAUAAGUGAAGAACUGUGAGUGAAUGAUUGCGAAAAGUGCGGAUGAAUACUUAAGUUCCAGUUAAUCGCAGAUCGGCUGGGCAUUUUGGAGAUAAUGGAAACACUAGGUUCUGUGAGAUAUUUUCACAAUUCCACUGCAUAUCUCUAAAUCUUAUAAAAUAAAGUAAAAUAUG